UCCGGCUCCGCGUGAUCCUCGCCGCUGUUUCCUCCGCUCGCACCGCCGAUCUCCGGUCCCGACCCGACCCCUGCCGCUAUGCUGGCGCUGCGCUGCGGCUCCCGCCUGCUCGGCCUGCUCCCUGCCCCGCGCCCCGUGCCGCUGCGCCUCCCCGCGGCCCGCACCUGCAGCGGCGGCGGCGGCGCCCGCGACCCGUCCUCUUCCGCCGGGAACCCGCUGGUGUACCUGGACGUGGUGGCCGACGGGCAGCCGCUCGGCCGCGUGGUGCUGGAGCUGAAGGCAGAUGUUGUCCCAAAGACUGCAGAGAACUUCCGGGCCCUGUGUACUGGGGAGAAGGGCUUUGGCUACAAAGGCUCCACGUUUCACAGAGUGAUUCCAUCCUUCAUGUGCCAGGCUGGCGACUUCACCAACCACAACGGCACAGGAGGGAAGUCCAUCUACGGAAGCCGGUUUCCUGAUGAGAACUUCACACUGAAGCACGUGGGGCCAGGCGUCCUGUCCAUGGCGAACGCAGGCCCAAAUACCAACGGCUCGCAGUUCUUCAUUUGCACCAUCAAGACAGACUGGUUGGAUGGCAAACAUGUGGUGUUUGGCCAUGUCAAAGAUGGCAUGGAUGUUGUCAAGAAAAUUGAAUCCUUUGGCUCCAAAAGUGGGAAGACAUCCAAGAAGAUUGUCAUUACAGACUGUGGCCAGUUGAGCUGACUCCCUGCGGCCACGGAUGCUGGGCCUGCGUGUGGCCUUUCCCAGGUGGCUGCCUCGGGCUCCCCGUGAAGGUGCCCGCAGAGCAGCCAUGUGCUCGAGGAGGCAUCUCAGGAGUUCCCGGGGACCCACCAGACGGCUUCCUCAAUGCCUGUCCUUCCUCCUGACCCUGUGUCUGGACCCCCGGUGUCACUACUACUCACCCGGCAUCAGCUGCGAGUGUCCAGCCUCGUUCACAUGUGCCUCAGACGUGGGGGUGGUGAUGGGCUAGCUUCACGUUCAGAUCCCUGCCUUGUCCUUGACCAAGGGGGAAUCCAGUUGCUGCAGAAAGGGCUGUGAUAUGUCUGUUUAAUGUGUCUCCCUAAUUGGAAUAAUUUAAUGAAGAAGACUGCCUGGAGGUGAAGAUGUGACACUACUCUAUGCGUAGUGUGACCUGAGUUGUGGCCCAGGCCACGGAACUCCAGAGCUUGGCCUCUGGAACCCAGUCAGGGCCUUGGUGAAGGGCCUCCUGGCCGAGGCCUCUCUCGCAGCCCCUGUGAACCCCGUCAGCUUGCUGCUGUUUCUGAGGGGGGUAGAGCACAUGGACCUGGGAGAAGCACAGACUUGCACCUCGUCGCUGUGAACCCCGUCAGCUUGCUGCUGUUUCUGAGGGGGGGUAGAGCACAUGGACCUGGGAGAAGCACAGACUUGCACCUCGUCGCUGUGAACCCCGUCAGCUUGCUGCUGUUUCUGAGGGGGGUAGAGCACAUGGACCUGGGAGAAGCACAGACUUGCACCUCGUCGCUGUGAACCCCGUCAGCUUGCUGCUGUUUCUGAGGGGGGUAGAGCACAUGGACCUGGGAGAAGCACAGACUUGCACCUCGUCUCUGUGAACCCCGUUAGCUUGCUGCUGUUUCGGGGGAGGGUAGAGCACAUGGACCUGGGAACAGCACAGAGCUGCGCCUCGUCACUGUGAACCCCGUCAGCUUGCUGCUGUUUCUGGGGUGGGUUAGAGCACGUGGACCUGGGAACAGCACAGAGCUGCACCUCGUCGCUGUGAACCCCGUCAGCUUGCUGCUGUUUCUGGGGUGGGGUAGAGCACGUGGACCUGGGAACAGCACUGUGAACUGCUGUGUGGACAACGGAAAUGGCCCGUGAGUGCCGUGGGCUCUGGGAGAAAGAAAACACGUAUUUCCUGGUGGGCUUCGGUUUUUCUGUUCAAUGACUUGAAUCUACAGGUUAUGUAUAUAGUAUACUUCAGGGACAUUUGUGUUCACCUUAA